AUGUCGACUAUCGCGCUCAUAUCUGCUGGUGCAAUGGGGGCCAAUGUUGGUCGUAAAUUUGUGGAAGCUGGCUUCACUGUUCUCACAAGCUUGGAGGGGCGUUCUGAAGCUACACGCAAAAGAGCCCAUGACGCGGGAAUGAUUGACGCAUCGUGGACAGAGAUUAUCCAAAGAUCCGACAUUAUAAUGAGCGUCAUACCGCCUCGGGAUGCGGUAUCGUUCGCCCAACGCCUAUUGAAAGAGUUUACAUCGGUACCCAGGGCGUCUAAGGAACCCCUCAUUUUUGCGGAUUGCAAUGCAGUGAACGUGGUCACUAUCAAAAGCAUAGCAACUCUCUUCUUGCGCACGCCAAUUACGUUCCUGGACGGUUGCAUCAUUGGAGGCCCGCCUUCUGGAAAUUAUGUUCCCACUAUUUACGCGUCCGCGGAUCCUGCACGCGCAAAAGAACUGAAUCAAUUUAGGGAUGCUGUUAAACAAAGUGGGAUCAAAGCGAGGAUUUUGAACGGAGAUGGGUCAGGGAUUGGCGACGCCAGUGCCCUUAAAAUGUCAUAUGCCGGUAUUUCAAAGGGGCUCACUGGACUGUUUACAACGAUCAUUUUGGCUGCGCAUGCAAACUCACCUGCGACGAGCGCCGCACUCCUACAAGAGCUCAGCGACUCACAGCCAGAACUUCUGGAGCGGAUCACUCGGGCAGUUCCCGCAAUGAUCCCGAAAGCAUAUCGAUGGGUUGGUGAAAUGGAGGAGAUCGCGGGGUUUGUGGGAGGGGGUGAGGGAAAUAUAUACCAUGGACUGUCGAAGAUAUACGAAAGAGUGGAAGAAUCGAUAGAGGGAGAUCAAACGGACGUGGAGACGCUCAAGGCGUUUGUUGCGGAAGCCAAGAAGAGGAUUUAG